GCCUGUUCCCACACAACUCGGCUGCCAUCGAUGACUCGCACUUGUGGGUUUCCUUGCCAAAUCGCUGAGAUGGCCCCUUUGUAGCCCCACGUGCUGCUCCUAGCCCUGUAACCACGAUAUCCAUAGACAUGGCCAGCGCUGCAGCUGAUGCGGCGCUGGCGCCGGGCACCAACAGCUCGGCCACCCUCAGUGACCCCUCAGCCUCAGCCCCCGCCCACGUCCAGUGCUGGGCGUGCGGUGUGCUGGUUCAAAUCCCCAUCGUGAACAACGAGCUGUCGCCUGUAUUUCGGUGCGGCUGGUGCGGCGCAAUCAGCGAAGCGGCGCCGCCCUGGCUCACAGGACCCGACGGCAGGGCCGGCGGCCGCCGCCGCGGUUUCAGCAGCCUCUUCCGCGGCGGCGCCUGGCGCAGCUGCAUGCGCAUCCUCAGCCGCCUGUCGUACCUUGUCGUACUCGUCGUGCUGGCGUUGAUCGGGAGCAUCGUCUUGCCGGGCAUUGGGUUCGUGGUGCCGGUGGUGGCCGGCGACUCGGGCGUGGCGUGGGCGCUGCAUACCACCAUUGCCUACCUGCUCUCGGCCGCCGUGCUGUUCAACCUGUUCGCGGCGGUGGCCACCUCGCCCGGCAAGCCGCACGAGUGCUGCCGCGGCCUGCCGCCACACACCGCCUGCAGCCGCGGCGGCAGCGGCGCACACGGCAGCAGCAGCAGCAGCGCCAGCGCCAGUAGCAUGAGCCGCCGGUGGUGGCUCUUCGGGCGGGGAGGCGCAGCCGCCUCCGCCGCCUCCCCCGCUGCUGCGGCUGCUGCCCCGCCGCUGGUGGUGCCCCAGUACGCCUACUCGCACCUGCGCUACUGCUGGUCGUGCCGCGGCCCGCAGCCGGCGGAGGCGCAGCACUGCCACGUGUGCGGCUGCUGUGUGGUGGACCUGGACCACCACUGCCCCUUCAUUGCCAACUGCGUGGGCAGGGGCAACCUGCGCAACUUCGUGUCGUUCCUGGGCGCGGCGGUGGCGGCGGUGGCCUACUGCUGCGCCAUGGCGCUCACGGCGCUGUGGCUGGAGCGGCGGGACACGGCGGAGGCCAUGCGGGAGGCCUUCGUGGCGGCGAGCAGGGCCUCCCGCGCCUCAGCGGAGCUGGAGGACGUCGGGGCGGCGGCGGCGGCCUUCGCCGCCGCUGCCGGCGGCGCGGGCGAGCACGGCGCUGGCGGCGGCCGCAGCGGCUGGCUGCGCGCUAUGGCGGCGGCGUCGGAGGGUGUGGUGUGGUUCCUGGGGUCGGUCGUGCCGCGGCUGCCGCUGCGCGUCACGGUGGCUGCGUACAUCGCCGCCAUCUCGGUGGGCGUGCUGCUGUCGGUUGGCAUCCUGCUCCUGCAGACCGUACGGCACAUUGUACGGCAUGGCGGCAGCGGCGGCGGCAACGGCAAAAGCGGCAGUAGCAACGGCAGCCGUGCGGCAGCCGCCGUCGGGGGCCCACGGGAGCAGCACCACCUGCACCCGGCCUCGGACGCGGCGGCGGCGGCGGAGGCGGCGGCGCGCGCGGCGGCGGCGGCGCGGUCGACGGCGGGCCUGGCGGCGGAGGUGGUUGGCGGCUGCGGCUCGGCGCCGGCGCGACGCAGCAUGUUUGCGAGCUUGCGGCGGGUGAUGAUGGGCUCAGGGCCGGAGGCGGAGGACAGCGUGUGGAUGUGGGUUUGGCCCAUUUGGGGACCGCCACCCGGCGUGUUGGUGGGGGACGAGGAGGGGGAAGGGGAGGGGCAGGAAGGCUGGGGCGGGAUGGGUGCAGCGGGGGCAGCAGGCAGGUGGAACGGAGCUGGAGUUGGCGAUGGGCACGAGGGGCCAAGGGAGGGGGAGGGGCUGGACCCCGAGCUGCUCGGGGGAGGGGCUGGCAUGGGGGCGGAUGCGUGCGGGGGGUUGGCAGCCGCUGCGGCGGCGGCCGCAGCUGCCGCAGCGGCGGCUGGGGUGGGUGCCGCGGCGCGCCUCAAACCCAAGAGGGCAUGAGUGGACGGAGUCACGGAGAACAAGAAGCAACACCGCCAUGUGAUGUGUUUUCCGGCCCGCAUGACAUGGGCAGACUCGGCGGCAUUGGGACGCCAAGUGUGACGUAUCAGGCGGCGCAAUUCGAUCUGGACCCGCGUUUGCACCGGUUCUGCUCUGUGCGGUGGAAUGAGGGGAAGAGGCCUCGAGGCCGGCCGGUGAAGCGUAGUGCCGUAGCGGCAGUCAGCACCAAGUCCCAUGUGGGUGGUGGCACUACUGCCCCCUUGGCACCGGCCUGAACCCUGGUGUGCGCAAAUAGAGUCCAGAUUAGUGUUCCGUGCAAUCGUGCACCAAUUUGCGUUCAAUCUGAAUAUUAGCCGGACCAGCUCCGGACCUGAUAAACU